AUGCCUGUGAGCCUUCUUGACUGCUUCAGUUUACUCGCUGGUUUUGCUCUCCUCAAUGUCUAUAUGAAGAGGCGACGAAACCCAUCUGGUCUCCCUUUACCCCCUGGCCCUACACCGCUCCCGCUUAUUGGCAACAUUCUCGAUAUCCCCAAGCGGGUCCCAUGGGAAACGUAUGCACGAUGGGCACAUCAAUACGGCGAUUUACUAUCCCUGCGAGUUUUUGGGGAAACUAUUGUGAUUAUAAACUCUCCAAGAAUCGCGCGCGACCUGGUGGAGAAACGCGCCGCAAUCUACUCUGACCGUCCUGUUGUCCAUGCAUACGAAGUGAUGAAAUUGGACUUCAACCUGGUAAUGGCAAAGUAUACAAGUGAUAAAUGGAAGAUCGGACGGAAACUCGCAGAUCACAGUCUCCGCCAGAGUGCCGCAAUGGUUUAUAGACCUAUGCAGAUCCGCAGAGUCCGCCAAUUUUUGAAGAAAAUUACACGCCGCGACGAUAUUUGGGAAAACCUCAAAUACAUGACCGCAGGCAUUGUUAUGUCUCUCACCUACGGAUACAACAUUGCCGAGUCUAACGACACUUUCGUGGCUCAUGUGGAAGAUGUCCUCCAGAGGGCGUCGUCUGCUCUCUUACCGGGCACUACCCUGAUCAACAUAUUUCCUUCGUUGAAAUACCUUCCUGCUUGGCUCCCUGGAAUGAGCUUCAAAAGAGAUGCACUCAGUCAUCUAGGAGAGAUGAAACUCGUUGUCGAGGCGCCGUUCGAGUUUACAAAAGGAGAAAUUAUAAAGGGGGUCGCACAGCCCUCGAUUAUAUCGGAAAGUAUGGACUCGUUUUCCGAUAAAGAGCUGUCUGAGGAAGAGGAACGCGUUCUGAAAGAAGUGGCAGCAACACUCUAUAUAGAUUCGACAGCAUCAACUCUGGCCUUCUUCAUUCUCGCUCUUAUUAGACACCCGGAAGUUCAGAAACAUGCUCAAAGUGAAUUGGACACCGUCGUAGGACGUGACCGGCUCCCAGAAUUUGAAGAUAGAAACCAGCUGCCUUACAUCCAAGCGAUCUGCCAAGAGCUCAUGAGGUGGAGGAUGAUCACUCCGCUCGGAGUCCUCCAUACAACUACUGAGGACGACAUAUACGAAGGGUUUUUCAUUCCGAAAGGAUCUCAGAUUAUGAUAAAUUCCUGGUCUAUGCUUCAUGAUCCUGAAGCUUAUCCCGACCCAGAGGUCUUUCGCCCUGAACGUUUCCUGGCACCCAAUGGUGCAUUCAUCGAAGAUCUUCUCGUGGCGUCUGUUUAUGGAUGGGGUAGGAGAAUUUGUCCCGGAAGGUUCCUCGCAAAUGCAACGAUCUGGGCGACUGUCGCUUCGAUAUUGUCUGCUUUCAAUGUUGGAAAAGCGAAAGACGCUGAAGGGAGAGAAAUACCUGUGGAGGGGCUAUACACUGAUCAAGGAGUAGUCUGUUCACCUUUGCCGUUCAAAUGCUCGAUUACGCCAAGAGACGCGAGGGCUGAACGGCUGGUCGCCGCCACAGAAGACAUAGAUUGACGUUAGAUAUCCGUUGCAGCUUCCAUGAUUUAGCGGUUAUACUACUCAUCCGCUGUGAUUGUCUUUGAAGGUACUCAGUACUUACACUAUGCAUGAUUAGAGUUCAUUGUC